GGAGAACAGCCUGGAAGAGGGGGGGAGGAAGGGAGAGAAGGAGGGUUUACAACAGGCCGUCCCGGCCUCUACCCCUAAAGCGAGGGGGGCCGAGGGCAGGUGGGGCACGCUCGGCCCUUUCUCCGGUUUCUUCUGUAAGGGACCCCACAUUAACGAGUCCGUAGGUGACCGCGGGCGAACCUGAGCACGGGCUGCCCGAGCAGCAGCUUCCCGGCACAGCGAGCGCAGGUCCGGGGCUCUCCCGAGCCGUGCCCGGCUCCUCCGCCAAGCCUGACACGCCACACGACCUUCUGAAGGUGUCUUGUACCGCAGCGGGCUGCCCGGGUGGAGUGACCGUCCCUGAGGUGUCUUAAGGAAAGCCUGGACAUGGCGCUCGGUCAGGUGGUGUUCGGUCACAAGUGAUACUUUAUGGGAUCUUGCUAUAGCUGAAGUGGAGAAGAGAGAAAAUCCUGAUGAUGAUGUCGGCAAGCCAGGGGAAGUUUGGGAAAAAUCAGUAUUAUUUAUGGGAAACAAAAACGGGGGAAAGACCACUAUCAUACUGAGAUGCCUUGAGAGGGAAGAGUCUCCAAAGCCUACAUUAGCCUUGGAAUAUACUUUUGGAAGAAGGGCAAGGAGACCCAAUACACCUAAAGAUGUAGCUCAUUUUUGGGAACUAGGUGGUGGAACUUCAUUAGUAGAACUCAUUCGAAUACCAAUCACUAGCCACAAUAUAAGGUCAUUUGCUGUAGUUCUGGUAUUGGAUCUCUCCAAACCGAAUGAACUCUGGACUACUAUGGAGAGUCUUCUGCAGGUCACCAGGAAUCACGUGAACAGAGUUUUAACAAAACUAGAAAAGACAAACCCUGAAGUAGCUGCUGAAAUUAAAGAGAGAAUGUGGAACGAUCUGCAGAGGGAUCACCCUGAUUAUGCAUUAGUUGAUCCUUUUCCAAUACCUUUGGUGAUAAUUGGAAGCAAAUAUGAUAUUUUUAAUGAGUUUGACUCUGAAAUGAGGAAAGUAAUAAGCAAGACACUUCGAUUUGUUUCACAUUAUUAUGGAGCAUCAUUAGUGUUUACCAGUAAAUCUGAGGCUCUCUUGCUGAAAGCCCGUGCUCUUAUUAAUCACUUGGCAUUUGGCUACGAUAAAAGCAAGUCUGUAUCAGUGGAUCCCAGCAAACCUCUCUUUAUACCAGCAGGCCUGGAUUCCAUGAGCCAAAUAGGACCACCGCCUGCCUCUGACAGUGAUCUUGGAAAGAUGCGUGCCAACACGCCUUUGGAACUAUGGAAGAAAGUAUUUGAGAAAACAUUUCCUCCCAAGAGUUUCUGUGAUUUACAAGAUACCAAGGACCCUGCGCAGGAUAGUCAAUACGCUGAGUAUGAAGUUGAUGCCAUGAGAGCUCAGAAAAACCAGGAACUUGAACAAUACAAAAGAAACGCCUCUAAAUCCUGGAAAGAAAUGGAUUUUGACUCCAAUUGAUGAACUACUCUGUCUUCAGUUUAACAACAUUUACAAAAUUAUUUUUAUCACUAUUACAUUACAUUAGCAAUUUCAUCUAAUGCAGUUGAAAAUAUAUAAUACCAAACUAUGAACUUAGUAUUUAUUAAGCAUCCCUGCUGUUAUUUUUCAUAAAAGGAGCUGUUUAUUCACUCAGUCUGAAUUUGUUUAUCUUGACACUGGCCAAGAGUUUUAAAAAGUGGGGAGAAAGGAAUUCUAGAUUGCUCUCAGAUGGGUUUGUAUAUGAAGACUGGCAUUAGUUCUACCUAUAACACAUUAUUUGAUUUACUUUUGAAUACUUGUAUCCUAAGCAUAUAUUUAAAUAUAAACUAGUUUUCACACCCAAAAUAUAUUGUGUAGUGUGCUAGGCAUCUUUUUGUAGUUCAAAACCAAAGCUUAAGAAAUACUUGCAUAAUUGUUUGAUAUAUUUGAAUAAAUAAAUAAAACUAAAACUGGCAGAAUAAAGUGAAG